AUGGCUGCGGCGCCUGGGCUGCUCUUCUGGCUACUCCUGCUCGGGCCGCCCAGGCGGGUUCCGGGCCAGCCAGACUCGAGCCUGAGUAGACGCUUCUCAGAGCACAAGCUCUGUGCGGAGGAAGAAUGCUGCAUGCUAAUGUACCGAGGUGAAGCACUAGAAGAUUUCACGGGCCCAGAUUGUCGUUUCGUGAAUUUUAAAAAAGGGGAUCACGUAUAUGUCUACUAUAAACUAGCAGGGAGAUCACCUGAAGUUUGGGCUGGAAAUGUUGGGCGUAUUUUUGGGUAUUUCCCAAGAGAUUUAAUCCAAGUAGUUCAUGAAUAUACUAAAGAAGAGUUACAACUUCCAACAGAUGAGACAGAUUUUGUUUGUUUUGAUGGAGGAAAAGAUGAUUUUGAUAAUUAUAAUAUAAAAGAACUUUUGAGAUCCUGGGAAAUAUAUAAUUCUGCAACUGGAGAUUUUGAAAGGACAGUAGAAAAACAUUCUCAGCACAUGGAAAAACCUGCCGAAGAGUCUGAUGAAAGUGACCAUGACUCUGAACCCAAAGAUUCCAACUUAGAUGAAAAGGAAAGUUUAUUCUCUGACAGCACCGAGCAUCCAGAAGUUCCAAAGAAUCACCCUCAUGCAAGUGGUCAAACAGUUAAUGCUCAGGGAGAGCAUGCUUCAUUUGACCCUUUCGGAGAACUACUACACGAGAAGUUAAAAGGGCCAGAAAGUGAAAACAACAAAACCAGCAAUAGCUCGCAAGAUGAGCAGGGGAAGGUUGAUGCUUAUAAACUUUUGAAAAAAGAGAUGACCCUCGACUUGAAAACCAAAUUUGGUUCAACUGCUGAUGCACUUGUAUCAGAUGACGAGACAACCAGACUUGUUACAUCAUUGGAAGAUGAUCUUGAUGAGGAAUUGGAUGGUGAGUUUUACACAGUUGGGAAAGAGGAAGAGGAGGAUAAAGAAGACUUUGAUGAGCUUCCGUUACUAACCUUUUCAGGUGAAGAAGAUGUGCAAACACCUGAGCAAUACAGAGCUGAGAAAUACCCUACAGAUCAAGAACAGAAGUCAAAUGGAGAAACUGUGACAGAAACAGCUCAGUCUCCUGGCAUCCAAGAUGAUGGCAAAAAUACACGAGGUACUUUGGAGGAUACUCCCUUUGUUGUCAUGGGACGUGAAGAAAAGACAGGAAUGGUGGGUUUAGAGAAUUCCAAUUCAAAGGAACAAGUGGAAGAAAAUGCCAGGAGUCUGGUAAUUCCAGACACGAAAUGGGGAGAACAGCAAUCAGCUGGGGAUUCCUUGGACCCUGAAAAUACAGAAGAUAAUAUUUUGAUUGUAGAAAUCACUAAAACAAAUGAUGAUAAAGACCCCAAAAUGACCACUGAACUUGACAUUGAAGGGAAAGGCAAGUUAGUUCAGGAACCUAAGAGAAGCCUGGAACAAGAUGAGACAGAAUCAGAGGAGAUGAAGCAAGAAGAGACAAUUGUCCAUGGAACUACACAUAAUAACAAUCUUAAGUCCCUGCUAGCUGCUGUGAAAGGUAGAGGCCCAUUAAAAUCACCUUUUGAUAACCAAGAAAAUGACCAAGAAGAAGCAGCUAUUCAUAUCUUAAAAGAGGUCCAUGAAGAAAAGCCUGAUGAACACAGUUUAGAACCUGGUCCGGACAGUCAGUCUACGCAUAAAACUGCAGAAAAACAGAUUCAUGAAGAGAAAAUGAAAGAGGAAUCCAGGUAUAUUGCACCACUUUCAGGAGAUAAUCAGCACAAUGCAUCCGAAGACAGUGUACAGGAAGUGGAUAUUUUGGUAAGCGGACCAGAACCAAACAAACUUUCAGAGGAGCAUCAGGGUGAAGCACUUAAAGAGAAACUCACUCAUAAAACCCCAAACCAGCUUAGAUUCUCCUCUCCUGAUGAAGUCACUUUGCCGACAGAAUUGGAAAAAGAAGUUCCUGUUCAGGGAAAAAAUCUUUCUUGGCAACAAGAAAAGGAUGUGGCUCCUGCAGUAAAUAAGCACAUGAAUGAGGACACAGGGCUGUCUGAAGAGGCAGUCCAAAAGGACACCUCAGACAAAAAGAUUGUCCACCACAAGGCAGGGCAGGGCACACAGGAAGUGGGAGAAAGAGACUGGGCUGAUAGCACACAGUCACCAGGUUCACACACGGAAGAAGCUGAAGCAGAUGACGAUGACUACAACUCAAAAGAACUGCUAGAAGAUGAAAAUGCUUUAAGUGCAAAACAGUCUAAAGAAAAAGGCACUGGGAUUCAAGAAAAAGGCACUGGGAUUCAGGACAGGAUGUUAGAUGCUAAUCUGCGAGCCCUUGAGAGAGUUACGUUAGAGACUGUUAAUCCUGAUCCAGAUAUUGGGAGAAACAAAAUCGAAACAAGUAUGCUUUUGGAGACUGAAAAAACCCCGAAAACUGUGGACAAAGAGGUAGUUACACAAUUCAAGAAACCAGCAAACAUGGAAGUGGAAAAAGAAGGAAGCCCUUCUGUAGCUAAGAAAAUACACCGAUUAUCUGAAGUAAGUGACUCUCCACACACACAUUCUCCUGAAAAAAAUCACACUCCAGAGUUAGGUGAAGUGCUUCCAAAUAAAGAUUCUGAUUACCAUAAAGAUGACGCCCCUGCGGAGCAUAUAAAGACAUCAAGGCCUGAAGAGAAGCCUGAGGGAGAAUUCCUUAAAGAGGACCACGAUGAUGUACGAAAAUUCAUGGACCCAGAAGUCCAGUGGGCUGCUUCUGAAGAGCUGGAAGAUCACGUUGACCACUGGGCUGCACAUACAACUGUGAAGCCAGAACAUAUUGACAGUGAGAAAGACUUGCCUAUAAUAAGGAGCUUUUUUAAAGCAGAACAGUCUUUGCAACGGUUCCAAAAGUACUUCGAUAUCCAUCAGCUGGAAGCCAUGUUCCAAGAAAUGUCAUUAAGGCUGAAGUCGGCCCAACAGGAGAGCCUGCCUUAUAAUGUUGAUAAAGUCCUAGAUAAGGUCUUCCGUGCCUCCGAGUCACACAUCCUGAGCACAGCAGAAAAAAUGAUUGAUACGCGUAUGGCUGAAAAUAAAAAUCUGGAAAUAAAGGAAAAUGACAUAUUUGAAGAGGCUGCAGUGUUGGAUGAUGUUCAAGACCUGAUCUAUUUUGUCAGAUACAAGCAUUUCACAUCAGAGGAGACAAGACCAGUGGCAGUGACACAGCCUCCUGAGGAAAGCUGGGAAGGACCUAUCGAAGAGAUACAACUUUCAGAUGAAGAUCACUUACCACCACAGAACAUAGAAGAUCUUAAUGAGCAAGUUCUUGAAGAGACUGGCCACUUGGAUCAACUUGAGACUAAUGACACAGUUGUCUCAGAAGUAUCACAGAUGCCAACAACUGAGAAGAAUUUAGACCCAGGAAUAAUUACAACCGAAGGUAUGCCUGUUGUUGCCAAAAACCAGCUUGAAAGAAAUACUGAAGAGAUAGCAAGUGCAACACCUUUAGAAAAUGUGGUUCUUUUAAUCUAUUCCUUCAUGUCGCAUUUAAGUAAGACGCUAGUUGCCACACUGCCUGACGAUGUUCAGCCUGGGCCUGAUUUUUAUGGAUUGCCAUGGAAACCUGUACUUCUCACAGGCUUCUUGGGGAUUGUUUCAUUUGUCAUUUUCUUUUGGAGAACCGUUCUUGCUGUGAAGCCCAGAGUGUAUCAAGUUUCUGAACAACAGAUUGCUGAAAAGAUAAAGAACAUCAUAAAAGAAAAUGCAGAACUUGUAGAAAAAUUGUCAAAUUAUGAGCAAAAGAUCAAGGAAUCAAAGAAACAUGUUCAAGAAACCAAGAAACAAAACAGAAUUCUCUCUGAUGAAGCCAUUAAGUUCGAGGAUAAAAUCAAAGAACUUCAAGAAACAAAUCAAUUUCUGGAUGGCAAAGCUGAAAGUCUGCGGGUCAUGUUAGAAUCUGAAAGGGAACUGAAUGUUAAGAAUCAGGACAUGAUACUAGAAAAUAAGAAAUCUAUGGAGAAGUUAAAAGACGUUAUUUCAAUGAAUGCCUCGGAAUUUUCAGAGGUUCAGAUUGCCCUGAAUGAAGCUAAACUUAGUGAAGAGAAGGUGAAAUCUGAGUGUUAUCGGCUUCAAGAGGAAAAUGCUAAGCUUAAAAAGAAGAAGGAGCAGUUGCAGCUGGAAAUUGAAGAUUGCCGUAAAUCACAUGCUGCGCUCAGUGAGCAAAUCCUGUCAUUUCAAAAGUCUCAGAAAGAUCUGGAAAUUGCUAUGACACACAAAGAUGAUAAUAUUGAUGCUUUGACUAAUUUCAUCACACAGUUGAAUAAGUUCAGUUGUGAAGGUGAAGAUCAAAAUAAAGGAGGAAGUGGGUCAGAUGAAUUAGCGAAUGGGGAAAUGGGAGGCGACCAAAGCGAAAGGAUGAAAAAUCAAAUUAAACAGAUGAUGGAUGUCUCUCGGACAAAAACUGCAAUAUCCGUAGUUGAAGAGGAUCUAAAACUUUUACAAACUAAGCUAAGUGCCUCGCUGUCUACUAAAUGUGAUCUGGAAGAGCAAGUGAAAACAUUAGAAGCUAAUCGCAAUUCACUGCUGUCUACCAAAGCUGGAUUGGAAGAUGAAUGCAAAACCCUGAAGCAGAAAGUAGAGAUUCUAAAUGAACUCUAUCAAGAGAAAGAGAUGGCUCUACAAAAGAAAUUGAGUCAAGAAGAAUAUGAGCGGCAAGAAAAAGAGCAGCGUCUGUCUGCUACAGAUGAAAAAGCAAUUUUGGCUGCAGAAGAAGUGAAAACUUACAAGAGGAGAAUUAAAGAAAUGGAAGCUGAAAUACAGAAAACAGAGUGCUCAUUUAAAAACCAGAUUGCUGCUCAUGAGAAGAAAGCACAUGAGAAUUGGCUGAAGGCUCGUGCUGCAGAAAGAGCUAUAGAUGAAGAAAAAAGAGAAGCUGCUAACUUAAGACACAAAUUAUUAGAAAUAACCCAAAAGAUGGCAAUGCUACAAGAAGAACCAGUGAUUGUAAAACCAAUGCCAGGAAGGCCUAAUCCACAAAACCAUCCAAGGAGAGGUCCUCUCAGCCAGAAUGGCUCCUUCGGCCCAUCCCCUGUGAGUGGUGGUGAGUGUUCCCCUCCGCUGACCAUGGAGCCGCCUUUGAGGCGUCACUCCACUACUUUCAGUACCCGAGAUGUGCCAAGAACUGAAUUUGGGACAGUCGAAGGGCCUCUACCUUGUCCUCAGUGGCCCUCUGAAGCAUCUGGGAAACCCUCUGCCUCUGAUCCAGGAACUGCUGCAGUUCCCUUGAUGAACAACAGUUCAAGAAGCUCUUCCCCUAAGGUGAUGGAUGAAGGCAAAGUUAAUAUAGCUGCAAAAGGUCCACCUCCUUUCCCGGGAAUGCCCCCUAUGAGUUCGCCCAUGAGAGGCCCUCCACCUCCACCUAUUCGAUACGGACCACCUCCUCCACCCUUUGGGGCUUUUGGGCCUCGACCACUCCCUCCACCAUUUGGUCCUCCUCUGCGUCCACCAUUAGGCUUAAGAGAAUAUGCACCAGGCAUUCCACCUGGAAAACGGGACCUGCCACUCAAUCCUCGAGAAUUCUUACCAGGAAACACAACUUUUAGACCCUUCGGCCCAAGAGAGUACUUUGUUCCUGCUGCCCGCCUACCACCCUCACCUCAUGGCGCACAGCAUUACCCACCUUCGCCUGCUGCAGGAGACUUCCCACCAUCUGGCUCUAGGGAAGAGCCUCCACCUGCCAAGAGCACUAGCCAGGACUCUUCACCAGCUUUAAAACAGAGCCCAUAA